GGGAGAGGGAGCGGCGCGGGCAGGCUCGCGUGUCCGCUGCGCCGGGAGGCCGCGGGUGGGGGAGGCCGACGGGGAGCCGAGCUAAGCCGAGCCGCCCGGUGUGCCCGCGCCCUCCCUCCCUCCUUCCCCGAGCUGCUGUGAUCUCCUCUGGACAAGGCGGGGGGGGGCGUGAAGAGGCAUAAAGUAUGGCAUGCCAAGAUGGUUUCUGCCAAGGAGCCAGCGAUCGUGAUGUCCUCGGGGCUCUGCAUCACCCUCGUGCGCUUCCUGUGCCUGGCGGCGUGCCUCAGCGACCCCCCGGGACAGACCAAAAAAGAGGAGAAAUUGUGGCCGGAGAAUUUUACCAGCAUCCUGAACAGUCUCCUGGACGGUUAUGACAACAGGCUGCGCCCUGGAUUUGGGGGUCCUGUUACUGAAGUUCAAACAGAUAUAUACGUCACCAGUUUUGGACCUGUUUCUGAUGUAGAAAUGGAAUACACAAUGGAUGUUUUCUUCCGUCAGACGUGGGUGGACAAAAGAUUGAAAUAUGAUGGUCCCAUUGAAAUUUUAAGACUUAAUAACUUGAUGGUUUCAAAAGUGUGGACACCUGACACUUUCUUCAGGAAUGGGAAAAAAUCUGUCUCUCAUAAUAUGACAGCCCCAAAUAAACUCUUUAGAAUAAUGAGAAAUGGCACCAUCUUAUACACAAUGAGACUUACUAUCAGCGCUGAGUGUCCCAUGAGAUUAGUGGAUUUUCCAAUGGAUGGUCAUGCUUGUCCUCUCAAAUUUGGAAGCUAUGCAUAUCCAAUGACUGAAAUGAUUUACACUUGGACAAAAGGACCUGAGAAGUCAGUGGAAGUCCCUAAAGAGUCUUCCAGUUUAGUUCAGUAUGACCUCCUUGGACAUACUGUAUCCAGUGAAACUGUUAAAUCUAUUACAGGUGAAUAUAUUGUUAUGACAGUUUACUUCCACCUCAGACGAAAAAUGGGUUAUUUUAUGAUUCAGACAUAUAUUCCAUGCAUCAUGACUGUGAUCCUCUCUCAAGUAUCAUUUUGGAUAAAUAAGGAAUCUGUUCCAGCUAGGACUGUGUUUGGAAUAACUACAGUUUUGACGAUGACAACACUGAGCAUCAGCGCAAGGCAUUCAUUGCCAAAAGUAUCCUAUGCCACUGCCAUGGACUGGUUCAUAGCUGUCUGCUUUGCUUUUGUGUUCUCUGCUCUUAUUGAGUUUGCUGCUGUCAAUUAUUUUACUAAUGUUCAAAUGGAAAAAGCCAAAAAGAAGACCGUGAAAUCCCUCCUGGAAUUUCCCAGUACUCCAGUGCAGAGGGAAAAGUGUACGGAAGAGGCGCUGAUGAAUACAGAUGCCAAUUCCAAUGUGAGGAAAAGAACAAAUGCCACAGUACAGUUGGAAGGUGAUGGUGGGAACCGAACUGACACAGGAAACAGUUCCAUCCAACCUUCUACUGUAACUCAGGGGUCUUCUGACAUUACACUCCACACUCUUUCAGCAUCAAGUCCAAACCCUUUCAGUCGUGCCAGUGCAACAGAAACAUUGGCUUCUGCAAGAGCUACACCUCCAGCUCCUCCCUCCACCCCAAUUUUAACUGGAUAUAUAUCCCAGCAUGCCACAGCUGGAUCUCCAUCCAUGCAUCAUUUACUCGGAUCUAGACUGGAGCAGAUUCAGACCACAGCUAAUACUUUGGGAGUGUCUGUAAAGGCGUCUGCUAUAGUUCCUCCUGCUCCUCCAGUCUCCAACUCUGGCACCAGUAAGAUAGACAAAUAUGCACGCAUUUUAUUUCCUGUUACAUUUGGAGCAUUUAACAUGGUCUAUUGGGUGGUGUAUCUAUCCAAGGACACUAUGGAAAAAUCAGAAAGUCUAAUGUAGUUUUGCUGCUAUGUAGUAGGUUCCUAAAUUAUAAAACGUUUAAUGCAGGGUUUCUUCUUUUGAAACUAGUUUAAAAAAGAAACCAGUAAUUGUUAUUUUAAAAAAGCUCUGUGCUAGUUUCCCAUUGUAAAGAACAGAUUUAUUGGGCUAAUUAAUUAACUCAUGGCAGAGUAAUGAGUGAGAAAAUUGUCCUCCUUUCCUUAAAUGGCAGUGAACCAUCUCCAUUCAAGCAGUAUGUCCUGGUUACAUAGAGCUUGCCAUUGGGAAGAAAAGACAUGGGAAACGAACAGAAUGCAGUGAUAUGCAUUUGCGCAGUGAAACAUGCACUGACUUCAGGGGUUAUGCACAGUGAUUAUUAAAAGUCCCUAAGAUUCCCAGCAGGACUGCUUUGAUCCACCACUGCAUUCUCCAAUAUGAUUGUAGUACCUGUUUUCUGAAUGUUUUUAUGGCACUGCUGGAAAGGGAUUUUCUCUAUUAGACUAAAGGUAAUGGGAAAAAAUGAGUGCUAGAAGGAGAAAAGAGAUCCCUCCCUGUGAGGGUGAGUUAUGCAAAGGAGUUGUGGAACUCCAUAUGUUUUUACUAAGUAUCAUUUCUGUGCUGUGGCACAGAACAUUCUCACUUUUUGAAUUAAGGGUGAGUGAAGCUUGUGGAGUCUGAGAUUUAUGAAGUACUUUUUGAAGGAGUUCUUUUGGGGUAUAGCAAAUCAGUUCAACAGGAUAAUUCUUCUCUUGACUCAUGCCAAAUUUAUCCCGAGUGGAAUUCUUCCUAAUUACAUUUGUGUAAGAAAAAGAAGAGAAACAGACCCCUAUGUUUCAUUAGAAUUCUUUAUUCUCCACUCCUCUGGUGCCUUUUUCAUGAUAUAUUCCUUCCUUCUUUGCUUUUGCUCUGCCCGCUCUUCCUUUCAUUUUUACUCAAAAUUUUCAAUGGGUAUUUCCUUCUCUCUCUCUCUCUCUCUCUCUCUCUCUCAUACUCUCUUAUAUUGACUCCUAACCAAAAAUGUGAAUCCAUAAAUAUUUUCAUUCAGGCUAAGUGUUUAAACCAGUAUUUUUCAAGUUUCACUAAAAUUAGGUAAAAUGAAUGUGUCCAUCAUUUCUGUGCAGCUUUAAGAAAAAGAACUUGGCUCCUUCAGAAAGUAGUCAUGUGAUGCAAAUCAAAGAGAACUUUCCUAAGCAGGGUUCAGGUACAUUACAUAGUAUAUAGGCCUUGCUCUGUCCUCUAUCCUAAAAUCACUUUUCUGAAUGAUUGGCACGACAGAUGUGCAAGCAGGAAAGAAUUUGAGCCACUUUAAAGUGAACAGUUUAAAACUGCCGGAGUACUCAUUCAAUUUCCCUUUUUAUCAGAACGGGUGGAAUAUAAGACGACUUUUUAAAAAAGCAAGAAAUCUUUGCACAGCCUCUCUUCUUCCUCCCCUUCAAUGCAGCUACCUGAACUUCUCUGCAAUGGACUACAAAAAUAAUGGGUUAGAUUCUAAGCUGCUACCUGACUGCAUGGUUAAAGGGCCUGAAAGCAGCUGAAUCUUUCUUGGGUGGGAUAAUGCCCAGUCGUAGCAGAUUAGCAUAGCAAAUUCCUAAGCCACUGGUCCUUGCAUCCCUUAUACAGGCAGAAUGAAGUAUUGCCAACAGCUUUCUGUGCUCUGGUGGUACUCACUGGAAGGAUGGAUGCUUACAGACUACAACUAGUCGACAGCAAGCAUGGAACUUCUGUAAACUAAGCUGGAACCAGGAUCAAUAUUUUUUUUUUCAAGUGGGGGAAGGAGGGCAAAGCAAAGAAAGCACACCUUCUGAGCUCUGCUGGAACUUAAAAGAUUUCAGAGCCGGCAACAAGUGUCUAAUGCAGCAUUUAUAUCAGCUCAUGUUACAGUAGCUCAUGUUAUAUUGAUUUGCUAGGUUAUAGGAUGUAUCACAUCAUUUGGGUAUGAUUUAAAAGAACUUAUUAGGAUGCAAUUUAUACGAUUAUUAUUUCAGUGGAUUUGACAAGCAGCCUUUACGUUUUAUUGCUUAUGUUUAACAAGAAGUUAGUCUUCUUUUUUUUUUUUUAUCAUAAAACACAUUCUAAAACUGCCACACUUAGAAAAACCAUAGUAUCUACCACAGUGCAGAAUUACAAGUGCUGCGCACACAUGUGAUUGUCUGAAGCAGUUCUCAAUCUUUGAGUUUAUCUCUGGGAAUUAUAGCCCUUUGUUCUCCAAAUUAGUCACAUUAUCACGGAACAUCAGAAUAGUAGAUACUCGGAGAGAAAUAGAUGAUCGUUUUCAAUCUCAAAGGAAACAAAGCAAAUCUGGUUGAAAUUGCCUGAUCAUAAAUAAUUAUAUGAUACUAAAUAUUUCUAGCACAAUGUGUUCCUGUUUGUUUGUAAACUUCAGCAUUUGCUUUAAAAGUUUUAUAAAUAAUGAUUUUUGCUUUCCAUUCCAAUGACAAGAAACAAGCAUGAUUUCUCUUAGGCAUGGCUUUAAACACUGCACUAGGAACAGCUGUCUUUCCUUUCUUUCCAAACUCCCCCACCCAUUUCUUGCCAUUAAAUCAGAUUUUUCAGUUCACUGUUAAAAAAAACAUCAGCAUUAGUUUAGUCUGAAUGUAGAUCUUGGAUUACCUGGUGAUUCUUACUCAGGUUUGAUAGACUUUAAAAAGAAAAAAAUAACCAUAGAAAACUAAUAGAAAUUCAAACAUUCAUUUCCAUGCUUCUGUUUUGGAAAAAGAAUUUUUAGAAGCAUCUCAGAACAUUAUUUUAUUUGUAAUGGUAUUUCUUAAGCACCUUGUAAUAUCUGCAUGCUUGCAUUCAAAAUCUGAUAUGAAAAAUCUCAUUGUGAGUCUAGGACUAAUUUAUUGUAUACUGCACUACAUUUUUUGUUUUACAGCAUAUGAAAAAAAUGUUCAUAGCUGGCUUUUCAAAUUACACGAGGACAGCAUAAAAGAGAGAAUUAUUGUUAGUAGUGUUGUUUUUCAUUAUUUUUAAUCUCAUUGUCAAGCAGUCAGAAACAGUAAACAGCCUGCAGCAUAGUCAGUAGUACUGGCAGAUUAUGAACAUUCUGAAUUUAAAGGCACCAAAACCCUCCCAAAAACAAACAAAACAAAACCAAAAAAAAAACCAACAGAAAUUUUCUAGGGCUCUAAAGUGUUCAGAAUCGGCAGUUGAAUUUGUGUGAGCAAAUGUGGGUACAAUUUCAGUGACGAGUUAAACUACACUCCUGCCUCAAUUCCCAUUCACCAUCACCAUUUUUUUUUUUUUUUUUUUAAGUAAUACUACAAUUAUUUUUAAAUAAGACCCAGCUUAUAAAUAACAUGAAAAUGGUUGGAAGUGAAAAGUAAAAAAACAAAAACAAACAAACAAAAAAACCCCAAAACUCAGUAUACUGAAAAUAUAAUGAAACCUUUACUAACUGAUGUUAUCUAAGAGACAUUGUUCAUUGCCCAUGGAAAAACCAAUGAAAUCUCAGUUCCUCUUCCACAAUAAGCAUAGUUAGUUCCUCUAAGACCUAUUCUUCCUAAAUGCUCUUAGACUAGGGGUGGGCCAGAUGUGGCCUGUGGGCCAAAUGCGGCCCACCAGGCCAUUGCAUCCGGCCCGCGGGACCCCUAAAAAAUUUAGAAAAUAAAUAUUAAUCUGCCCCUGGCUGUCUGUCAUGUGGCCCUUGAUGGUUUGCCAAAACUCAGUAAGUGGCCCUCCGCCCAAAAUAAUUGCCCACCCCUGUCUUAGACAUACAAGUGUGAUCCCAUUCUCCCCUACAUAAGUCCCAGAAAAACCUGUUUAUGCAGAAGGUGGUUAAAUUCUCAAGCUCCUCACUUUUUGUGACUUAUCUUUAAGGCUAAGGUGACAGCACAUUACAGAAGUAGAUAUGUUAAUGCUUUGUUCAGGCAUUUGAUAAGGCUGGGAUGUGAUGUGCUUGAUUAGUGGAAAGGAUAUGGCUUGAAGUAAUUUAUAGGGUUGCCUUUUGAUCACAGAAUAAAAUAUUCAGCAGAUCUCUUCAUGGCCAUUAUUAGUAGGUUUCACUGCUGGCCUAAAUUAAUAUUAAGUCUACAAAAGUUUGCAAUUUGGGGUGUGACAAGGUCUCUUACUGUGGAUCUGGGAUAUAAGUUCAAGCCUUGCUUCUUGAAGGCUACCUCUACUUGAUCCAGCUGUGUAUGGGUACCUGGUUAUUCAAGCUGGAGAUCAAGGAAAGUCAUGAUAGCAAUAUCACUUCCCGUGUGUGCUGUUGAUCAUAUAAACUAACACAUUUCAACUGCAGUGUCCCAAAUGGCCAAUAGAUUUGGGACAGAUUGUUGAAAGUUGGAGCUACAAAUCUUGGCCACAUUUCCUCAUUGUGAUCUAUAUGGGUGGCCCAGUGCACAUUUGGAUGAGAAAUAGAACUUGGCCCUAUUUUUUUUUUUCUCUUCUACAUGGGGCUGUCAUUGUAACACAUUCCAGUAGUUCAUUUUUCUAGGCACCAUAGAUUCCAUCCUACACACAUCUAUCAAAAAAGUGGCCCUUUUAUAGAUUCUUACUGAAUAUCCUUCUGUUCUGCGUUGCACAGGCAAACAUAGCAUAUUGGAAAUGAAGAAAAGCAGUGAGCGGUUUUGUAAAGGAUGUCACCAAGAUAUUUCCAUAGACAAAGCCUAGAAAUUAUUACUUGAAUUGGGUUCCAGACUUGGCUAUGAUAUACUCUGGUUUCAGUUUUCAGGGAGGUGCCGGUACUGAGCAAAAGGGAAAGCAAACGACUGUUCAGUGUGACCCAGUGAAUUUUGUUUUACAGAGGAAGGGGACAGACUCAGAAUCAUGUGCAUGGUGUUUUUAGAAAAAUCUCUCACUUAAUCCAUUUGUUUAGCUGCAUGCUUCUUUUAUAUUAGUCUGUGGUUGAAAUACCUAUUCUAUGCUCUCUAUGUGAUUGUAAUGUUCCUGUUUUAUCAACUAAGCCCAGGAGUCCCAUGCUUGGCUACUACUGCAAACAAAAGGAAGGCUAAACCUGGAAAAUGAAUGUUUUGGGAACUGUAUAAGAGUUGAGAGAUGCACUAUGCUUUCCCAUGUCCUGUGGAAGACCUGUAGAACUUCAUGAGCAUGACAAUCUUUGGGUUUUAGAGGGUGUUGAGGUGAACUGGAGCAUGGUUCUUCUGGGCAUACCUCUCCUAAAAUCCAUAGGGCAGAGUGGAGCAAUAACUAAUAUAAUCCCACUUUAUGGAACAUCACAAAGAAAGCAGCAUUGAUCAAGGGUUCCUGCAAGCAGCCUGGUUUCCACAAAAAUCAUGCUGUCAAGGAAUCGCAGAAUGGUGGAGGAAAGCUGAGAUCCAUGCAGGUCUGGAGAUUAGAUUGUUCAUUUAGAGAGCUGAAAACCUGCAGAUUCCAUUAGAUCAAUUCAGACUGGGGAAAAGGGGUAGGGAAUAAGUGCAUUUAGUGGGCUGCAUUUUCCAAGAAGAUAGGAGACAAACUUUGUCCCAGAAGAAGGAGGGAUGAAACUAAGUGCACAUGCUAAUGAAAAGUAAUUAUCUAUGGUGCAAGGUAAUGCCAUGCUGAGAUGUGCCACUGCUGUCUUGUGAAACACUGUACUCACCCAGUUCCUGAACUGGAAAUAGCAUAACCCUUGUGGUGGAGCUUACUUGUUUGCAUGUAGCAUCACACUGAUACAGUUCCACUUAUGUGUGUGGUGUAGGAAUAGUGUGUCCCAUGCAGACAUACCCUGAAUUAACUUCAGAUUGCAGCAUAGACAAGGGCUACUAGAUGUGGUUGGGGAAAAAAGAAACAAUUGUAGGGAAGAGAAGCCUGAGUGAAGGCUAAUGCGUUUUGCAAUAUUCUGUAAGAAAUACGUGAACAAAGCAAACAGGAGUAUUCAUCAAUAUAGAAGCAGAAUGACAUCAACAUACGUGUUUUGUGGGGAUUAGUGAAUUUACAGAUGUCUUUCACUGUAUUUUGAAAAAAAUAUGACUUUACAAAGGUAGAACAAUUAAACUGUGGUUGCAUCACUUAUUUCCCCCAUCCCCUAUUUUAUUUACAUGUUGUCUGGUGCUUCCUUUGCUGAAGUAAUUACAUUGAUUUCAAUGCAAAUUUCUUCAGAAUGAUAUCAAUGUUAGGACCUGAUCCAGUGUGCACUGGGCUCACAAUGAGACUUUUCAAUGACUUCAGUGGUCUUGAUGCAUGAUUUGAGAGGAGAAUUGGCCCCUAUGCACUCUUCUCUGUAGAAAGCAGACUUUGAAAGAAAGUCCUUGAAACUAAUGGAAGUAUAAAAACAUGUGAAAAGAUUCCCCUUCAUGAUACUAGAAGAGUGUGUUUAAAUAUAAAGAAUGGAAGAAGGCAGGAGUUUUUUUAACAGUGAAAUAUGUUUUGUUCUUACUGUGGAAUUAACAAAUGUAAUAGACUUUUCAAACACUUUUCUUUUUUGUUUUGUAAUAUGAUAGUUUCUGCUUUAUCAAAUAUUAGGUAUUUUCUUGUCGUCUUGUAGAACAGAAACUCUUGCUAUCUGUUUGAUUAUAUUUUACUUGGCUAUUUGCAUAUUGGCUUUUAGCAUAUUUUGUUUUCUUGAAUAAAAACCAAAACUAGAAAAAGAAAGCCUAGGAUUGAUUUACUGAAUAAUGCAAAGAAUGAGCAGUGCAUGGACAGAGGUUUCUGCUAACAACAGACAGACACUUUAUGAUGUUUCAAAUUAAUAAACCCAUGAAUAAUUUGCUGAAUUAUUACAUGAAGUUUUUUGUUGUUUUAAAUUAAAUAAGCACAUUUCUGUUUUUUGUGGUAUACUUGACAUGCUUCCUGUCCUUAACCACUGCAUCAACCAUGAUAUAUCAUUCAUUUAGCUGCAUGUCUGAGAGAGAAAAACCUGAUUUGUUAUACAUGGGAUUAUUUUUUCACUGUUUACAUGCGGCUGGUCAAGUGUAAGAACACAAUGGGGCAUAUGAUGUGAUUUAACAGCCAUUGCCAUACUUUUCUAUUUAUUUGCUAGUGAGUCUCUUCAACUGACUAAAAGGAAAAAAAAUAGAUCUGUGGCAGUACAAUGCCACAUUAUAACCAGGAAUUCUGCUACUCAUUUCUAGCCCCUUUCUUUUUCUCAUCCUCAUUUUACAUAUUGUCAUAGUCCACUUACUUGUGUAAUUUUGUUGGGGAAAAAGGGCUAUGCAUAGAACAGGAAUCUACUGUAUAUAAUUUAGUGCAUCUAGUAAUACUACUUGGGAUUUAUAAUCUUUUUGAAAUAUUAUUCCAUUAUAGAAGAUGUCAGAGGAAAUCAGACAUCAUAGUAGUUUGCUUCAUCUUUUUAAUUACAGAGAUAUUCAGAUUUCUUCUGUGAGAGGUAAUGAGAGUGCCAUAUGGCUUCUUUAAAAGAAAUGCAACUGGAACAUCAUUUCUGUAAAUUGAGUAUUUGAACAUUCUUACAAGCUAGUCAAGAAUCAUUGAAUGAUUACUUCAAAAGGUAACAUAAUUCCAGUGUGUUAAAUGUUAACGUAAUCACAGACUAAAUCAACAUACUAUAACAAUGAUCAAUUCAGUGGAUUAUUUGAAAGGCAGACAUUCUCAAGGUGUUUUUGUAAGCAAUUUCAUUUUGAAAGGGUUUCUUUAGGGAUGAAAAGCACUCUGAGAAGUAAAUAUUAUUAUUUGUUACUGUCUUUGCAUUUCCAUUUUCAACAUCAAGGGUUUUACUGGAACAGAAUUAUGGAAAGAUACCUUGGUCAGAAGAAUAAAAGAUUUUACUAUUAAAAUUAACCUUUGAUUAGUAUAUAAAUCUGCUUUGAUUUUUUUUUUUUGUUUUUUUGGGUUUUUUACUGCUUUUGAUAUAUUUCAGCAUGCUUGCUGUUCUUUUUAAUGAACAUUGUGUCUUUGUUAUCUGGAGUAAAUACCAUGGAUCAUUGUUGUUCUAUAAAGGAACAGAUGUUGCAUAUUAUUAGAGUAUAAAUUUUUUAUCAUUAUUAUUUACAAGCAUGUUUUCACCAUUAAAAAAUAACAUCAACUGGAGAUUGAUUGAAGCAGCAUAAAUCUGCAUGAAAAACCAACCCUGGCUUCUGAGCUCAAUAAACUGCUAAGUGCUAUGUGAAA